AUGCCAACGCAACGGGGAACUCGAGGCUCCUAUGCCAAGUAUAUUUGCAACCACUGUCGGAAACGGAAGAUCAAGUGCGAUUUGCCGAGCGACGUUGAUAUCAGUCCCUUGCGACAAGCCCAGCCGGCUGCUACUUCGUGUCAGAGAUGUAUUACAAAAGGCCUGGACUGUGUUGUUGACUUUACGAUUCUUGGACGACCGUCAAGUCCCAGAGAGUGGAAAAUGACUAGAAACAGGUCCUCAUCGAAAGCUCUCUCUCGAGUGUCGCCAAGCGGACCGUCGCAAACCAUCGUUGAUAUUCCAGACGAUGGCGCUCAAUCCGUUGUCGAUGACUACUUGAUGGUUCAGCCGCAAAAGACAGCCGACUCUGAUCAGCCAACAUCGACCCCACAACGACGAACGCCGCAGGCAGCGGACAAGGUUCAGGCAAUGAGCAGUCCAUCAUAUCUGCUGUCGACACUUCUACGACGUGAUCAUCAAUUCGCCUCGCUUCUAGACUUGAGCUUGAUCAAGGACGGGGACAUCAAUCAGGCCAUAGACACUGGCCUUGUUCCUGAGGCUGACAAACGUCUGGUAUGGCAUCGGCUCUUCUAUCCAGAUAUCCCAGUAAUUGCAACACUACAUGCCCAGGUAUUGAGUUUAAGCCCUGAAUGCUCUGAGUAUCUUCCCACGGCUUUUUUGUACGCGUUGCUGCUUUUGUUGGCUGAGGAGGUGGACGCCAACGCCGAUAUGCCCUUGGAUAGGCUAAGAGGCCCUCCACCUCUCGCAAGCCUAGUAGCUCAUCUAGCUCGACGAACUAUUCUCGCACUUCCUACGCAUCGCUACGCCAUCCUCGCUUUGGAUCUCUUGGCAAAGUACAAGCCAUUGAUGUUGGCAUCCGACAGAAUCUCAGCCCCUGACGCUGUUCGCACGAGGCUCGUACCUCCUCUGUUGAAAGAGAUGGCGCUGGAUCUCGGCAUCGAUUCCUCGCCAUCCAAACUCCAGCCACAACUUCAAUGUGGUUCAGCUCCACUCGACCCAGCCCUUCUAGACGACUGCUUGACGUGGUAUAGAUUGUGUUUAAGAGAUGACAUCCUUGCUGGCAACGACAGAAGAGGGAUGCAGCGACAAAUGACGGGCGAGACGCUUGCAGACGUAGUGGACCUGCUUCAGAUUUUGUUGAGAUCGGACGACCUUCCGCCAGAAUACAUCUUCUCCUACCAUUCAAUGCUCUGCCAGGCGUCCAAACUCGAACACUUGCUACGAGUCAAGGACGACUGGAGGAAUCUGGACAACUUGAGCAGGGCGAUUGACGAUCACAAGAAAGCUUGCGAGUGGCAGCGUCAAACCCUGAGGGCUUCUAUUCCCUCUCUUCCGCCUGGUCAGGCACUGGUGAUGACUCAACUAUUGGACAUGCAGCUCCAUUCUGCCUAUUGCUGGGUGUCGGGGUCCGCGACCUUCUAUGCUGUGAUGGCAGGCGCUCGAUUCGAACAAUCGCCUCCCCAAAUUGAUGUUGGACAGGCCUUGGAGGUGUCGGACCAAAUUAUUGAACGCUUCGCCGAUUCUUCGCGCCAGAGAUACGCCUCAGAGCCUCACACGGAGUUUCUGAUCAAAUAUGGGUCAAGCAGAAUGGAGGACCUCGAGCUAGCCUUACUCAACUUCGUCUCAGCCAUGGACAAUCUCAGCCUGCAAGGGAUACCUUACGUACCACCAACAAGGCAUACGACAAGUCAUAUCCUAUUCAUGGUGAAAGAUGUCAUGGAGGGUCAGGCUGCGAGGAUGAAAGGUUGGGGUGGCCUACACGAGCGGACGCACAUGCAUCUUCUACUGAUCCGGGAUUGUGCCAAUUCGCUGGAACGUGUGGGAAGUUGGCUUACUGGAGUAUCCGGGCCUGAAGCCAUUGCAAAGGGAUGUCUGUGGGCUGCCACUGCAAGGCUGCUUCGAAGCCUGCACCGACUACUCAGUGAGUGGAAGGAAUGGAACGCGCUAGGUCAGAUCAAAGUCUCGGCACCUCCACAGACAGGUGAUAGAAACAGGGGCAUGGAUCUUGAGCUGGAUUUCCUACCGGAUGACCUCUUCUUCGACUGGGACCUCUGGCUGAGCGAGGAGAAUAUCCCAAUGUAG